UUUGGGAUCAGUUUCCACUCCUUUGGGAUAACGUUUCCCAUUUAAUCUGGAUCAAGAACGGGCUGCGUAUGAGUUGAGAACUUUUCAGUUUUAAGAAAAUCCCGGAUGUCUGCCCUGCAAGCGUAACUUUAUCUCGACAGUCCUGUGAAAGAGAUGCUUAAAAGUGGGGAGUGUUGCUCGUUGUUCAAAUUUCCCAAAUUACCGGCGACCGUUUUACCACGAACAUGACCGCGUAAAUACUUAGCCUAACAUUAUUUGUUAUUAUUUUAUAGUUUUUAUUUUCUCAUAUCUCCACUGCACUUGAUCGCAAACGAUGCAGGUCCUACUGUUUGCUACGGUUCUUUACUAUAUCGUGAACUUCGUCGGGGCUGAGCCCAAACCAAAAUGCCCAGAGCGGUGCGACGUGAGCACUUGCCCCAGCCCUAGCUGCGCGAUGGGGUACGUUCCAGACCGAUGCAACUGCUGCCUGGUUUGCGCCCAGGGAGAAAGCGACCCAUGCGGGCGCAAAGAUGACCUACCCUGCGGUGAUGGACUCGAAUGCAAGCACCCGGCCGGAAAGCGGCUAGCCAAGGGCUUUUGUCAGUGCAAAUGGGGUCACAAAGUUUGCGGCAGUGACGGCAUUACCUAUGGGAACGUGUGUCAGCUGAAGGCGCAGAGUAGGAAGGCUCUGCAGCAGGGGCUGCCCGCCAUCAACUCGGUCCAGAAGGGACCAUGCGAAAUCAACAAUAACAAAGGUACUUCACACCCCACCAGUCCCAGGUACAAGUUUAACUUCAUAGCCGACGUGGUUGAGAAGAUUGCGCCGGCUGUCGUCCACAUUGAACUUUUCCUCAGGCACCCUCUGUUCGGCCGGAAUGUCCCUCUGUCCAGUGGGUCAGGCUUUGUGAUGUCAGACACAGGUUUGAUAGUGACCAACGCCCAUGUAGUCUCCAGCACCAGGCCUGUAUCGGGCCGUCAGCAGCUCAAGGUCCAGAUGCACAAUGGUGACGUCUACGAAGCGACCAUCAAGGACAUCGAUAAGAAGUCAGACAUCGCCACCAUCAAAGUCAACCCACUGAAAAAGCUCCCGGUGCUGUUGCUAGGCCACUCGGCCGACCUUAGACCUGGUGAGUUUGUGGUUGCCAUUGGCAGCCCCUUCGCUCUCCAGAACACGGUUACCACAGGGAUCGUGAGCACUGCACAGAGAGACGGGAAGGAGCUGGGCAUCAGAGACUCUGACAUGGACUAUAUACAGACGGACGCCAUCAUCAACUAUGGAAAUUCAGGCGGACCUCUUGUUAACUUGGACGGGGAGGUGAUUGGCAUCAACACUCUGAAAGUGGCUGCUGGGAUCUCCUUCGCCAUCCCUUCUGAUAGGAUCACACGCUUCCUCGAGGAAUCCAUGGACAAGCAGAGCAAAGGUAGGCGCGCCCCUCCCCUCCCCUCUGAUAGGACAGCACUCUUCCUCAACGAAUCAAUGGACAAGCAGAGCAAAGUGAGAUCAUUGAAGAAACGUUUCAUUGGAAUAAAGAUGCUCACCAUCAACCCAGCGCUGGUUGAGGAGCUGAAGCAGCAGAACCCAGACUUCCCUGAUGUCUCUAGUGGGAUCUACGUCCAUGAAGUGGUGCCUCACUCUCCUGCACAGAAAGGUGGUAUCAGAGACGGCGACAUCAUCGCGAAGCUGAACGGCCGUCCUCUGCUGACCACAGCUGAUCUACAAGGGGCGCUCACGGAGGAGACAGCCCUGCUGCUGGAGGUCAGGAGGGGCAACGACGACCUGCUCUUCAACAUCCAGCCCGAUGUCAUUAUGCAGUAACCCAGUAACCAUGAAGACAUUGACCAGGAGUACCGUGUUCGAGAUAUAUUUCUAUCGGGAACAUUCUGUAAACGUUAGAACGUCACUCAUGAACAUGCUCCCAGCUGUUCAACAUCGAGCCAGACGACGUCUUCAUGCAGUAAUCACAGCAACCGUGGUGUGGUACCCGGGAGACUGAAAAAGUAUAAUGACCAAGCCAAAUAAAACAAAACAGAAACUAUGGUUGAGAGCCCUAUACACUGAUAAAGCUGCCCCUAUAGUCACUGACCUAAGGUCAGUUUGUAUUUGUUUUGGGAGGGUAAAACUGAUCCUAACUCGGUGCCUAAAGGGUGACUUUUAACUACUCAGAGCCCAGGGGAGAAGGAUCAACAAACAAGUCAAGAAACAGAAAACUGUGUUUGUUGGAACCUUGAUCUGGAAACGAUAGAGACUGACUGACCCUUGCUUGGUAAAUCCAGCCAGAAAACUCUGGAGUCUGGAUGCAUUUAGGACUGAAUGUUGGAACGCCCAGCGAAAUGAAACACUUGAUUUUUAUUAUUGUUGUAUUUGUGUUUUGUAUCAUCUGUCUUUGUCAAAGCACACCAGCUGUUUUUUGAGACUCACUUACUCCCAAUGCAACCUAUCAUUGGUAAGACAAGUUUAGCAUGUAGUUAAUUCAAAGAUGUGUACAUUGUUACACUGCUUUUAUAGCCUUUUGUUAUCUGUUGACCAGAACUUAUUUCUGUACAUGCGAGUACAGUAGCUAUGUGUCCAAUGCUUUCCGUUUGAAACCAUUCCGUAACCAACUGUGAAUGUUGUUUUUUGGUCAGUGAUACGUUGAAAGAAAGACCAGAAUUUGGUCGGAAAUGUUCAGUUAGAAGUUGAAAGAAAGACCACAUUUUUAUUCAACUGGUAAAUGUAAGCAAAUGUCUGUUUGAAUCUCACUGUUACUGGAUUCUUGAUGUCUUCUACUAUAACCGACCCAUUGGGAACACUUUACAUUAAUGUCCUAAGGGUUUAUAAAGGGUUUAUAAAGGGUUUAUAAAGGGUUUGUAAAGGUGUUAUAAGCAGUUUUAUAAACACUUUACAAUAUUGACCUGUGCUUAUAGCAUGAAUAAAUCAAUUCCCUUUACAGUCAGUUACUUAUAUCUUAAUCAUCAUGACUUAAGAACAGAUUGAAUGUUUACAAAUCUGGAUUCCUUACCAACAGGCUAUGUCAAUGGGAGUGAUUGUCUUAGUUUUUGCUACUUUUAUCAUGUGUAUAAAAUAAAAUA